GUGGGGGGCGGGAGCGCCGAGGAACGAAGACCCCGGACUCUCGCGGGGAAAGGAGGCGAUGUAAGCUGCUCGCGCGGGGGCCCCGGAGCAGCGUUGGACCCCCGCAUCCCCCUAGAAUCGCCCGCGGAAACAGGAAGUGAACUUCAAGCAGAUCAACUUGAAUCCGGAGCUCACUGAGAAAUCUAAGUACCUGAUACGUGGAGCUGUUUUUGCUUGGAUUUGGUCUUCAUUUGGAAAAGACGCCAAGUUGCCACUGUCUCCUGUCCUUUCCUUUCUGAAAACCUGGCAUCCCAUGUGGAUUUCUGGUAGAAUGAGCAAUGCAAAGAGCUGGCUUGGACUUGGCAUGUCCUUGUGUUUCUGGGGAUUAAUGGAUUUUACCACCACAGUUCUCUCCGGCACACCCACACCUCAAGGCAGCUUCAACGUGACCCUGUCAGACAAGCCACAGGCACACUCAAGAACGAAGAGGAGCUGGGUUUGGAAUCAGUUUUUUGUUCUGGAAGAGUACACAGGAACUGACCCUUUGUAUGUUGGCAAGCUCCAUUCAGACAUGGACAGAGGGGAUGGGUCCAUCAAAUACAUCCUCUCAGGAGAAGGUGCAGGUGUCGUAUUUACCAUUGAUGAUACCACCGGAGACAUCCAUGCAAUUCAGAGACUCGACCGAGAGGAACGGGCACAAUACACAUUACGUGCUCAAGCCUUAGACCGGAGGACAGGCCGGCCUAUGGAGCCGGAGUCAGAGUUCAUCAUCAAAAUUCAGGACAUCAAUGACAAUGAGCCCAAGUUCCUGGAUGGACCCUAUAUGGCCACCGUACCAGAAAUGUCACCAGUGGGGACAUCUGUCAUCCAGGUGACGGCCACCGACGCUGACGACCCAACCUACGGCAACAGUGCCCGUGUGGUAUACAGCAUCCUUCAGGGCCAGCCUUAUUUUUCUGUGGAUUCCAAAACAGGUGUUAUUCGGACAGCCCUCAUGAACAUGGACCGGGAAGCCAAAGAAUACUACGAAGUGAUUAUCCAAGCCAAGGACAUGGGUGGGCAGCUGGGGGGCUUGGCUGGGACCACGACGGUCAACAUCACCCUCUCAGACGUCAAUGACAACCCGCCCCGCUUCCCCCAAAAGCAUUAUCAAAUGAGUGUGUUGGAAUCAGCUCCAGUUAGCUCCACUGUGGGGAGAGUAUUUGCCAAGGACUUGGAUGAAGGAAUCAAUGCAGAGAUGAAGUACACGAUAGUGGACGGAGAUGGAGCGGACGCCUUUGACAUUACCACAGAUCCAAAUUUCCAAGUUGGCAUCAUAACUGUCAAAAAGCCCCUGAGUUUUGAAAGCAAGAAAAGCUACACCCUAAAAAUAGAGGGAGCCAAUACUCAUCUCGAGAUGCGGUUUCUGAGCCUGGGCCCAUUUCAGGACACAACCACAGUGCACAUCAGUGUAGAGGAUGUGGAUGAACCCCCAGUAUUUGAGCCUGGCUUUUAUUUUGUGGAGGUUCUCGAGGACGUACCCAUUGGAACGACCAUCCAGGUCAUUUCCGCCAAGGACCCCGAUGUGACCAACAACUCAAUCAGAUAUUCCAUUGACCGAAGCAGUGAUCCUGGAAGAUUCUUCUAUGUUGAUAUCACAACAGGUGCCCUAAUGACCGCAAGACCCCUUGACCGGGAAGAGUUUUCUUGGCACAACAUUACAGUCCUUGCUAUGGAAAUGAACAACCCUUCCCAGGUUGGAAGUGUUCCUGUCACAAUCAGAGUCUUAGAUGUGAAUGACAAUGCUCCAGAGUUCCCCCGAUUCUAUGAAGCUUUUGUUUGUGAAAAUGCCAAAGCAGGGCAGCUGAUCCAGACAGUGAGUGCAGUGGACCAAGACGACCCUCGGAAUGGUCAGCACUUCCACUACAGCUUGGCUCCUGAGGCUGCUAGCAACCCCAACUUCACAGUAAGGGACAACCAAGAUAACACUGCCAGGAUUCUCACCAGGAGGUCUGGCUUCCGGCAGCAGGAGCAGAGUGCCUUUUACCUGCCUAUCCAGAUAUCAGACAAUGGGAAGCCACCACUGAGCAGCACGGGCACACUGACUAUCCAGGUGUGCAAUUGUGAUGACGACGGUCAUGUUCUGUCCUGCAGCCCUGAAGCCUACAUGCUCCCAGUGAGUUUGAGCCGGGGUGCCCUCAUUGCCAUCCUGGCUUGCAUCUUUGUCCUCUUAGUGCUGGUGCUGCUGAUCCUGUCCAUGAGGCGGCACCGGAAGCAGCCGUACAUCAUCGACGACGACGACAACAUCCACGAGAACAUCGUGCGCUACGACGACGAGGGCGGCGGUGAGGAGGACACGGAGGCCUUCGACAUCGCCGCCAUGUGGAACCCCCGGGAGGCGCAGGCGGGAGGCGCCCCCGCCAAGGCCCGGCAGGACAUGCUGCCGGAAAUGGAAAUCGCGAGCCUGUCCCGCCACGUGCCUCAGACCUGCGCCGUGAGCAGCACCGUGCACAGCUACGUGCUGGCCAAGCUCUACGAGGCCGACGCCGACCUGUGGGCGCCGCCCUUCGACUCGCUGCAGACCUACAUGUUCGAGGGGGACGGCUCCGUGGCCGGCUCGCUGAGCUCGCUGCAGUCGGCCACAUCGGACUCCUCCGAGCAGAGCUUCGACUUCCUCACGGACUGGGGGCCGCGCUUCCGGAAGCUGGCGGAGCUCUACGGGGCAGCUGAGGGGCCUGCGCCGCCACUCUGGUGACGGAAACCGGAAACCAGGAACCGGAAGCCGCGAGGCCAAACCCAGCAGUUCUCGGAGGGCAUUUCCGGUGCACCCAGCUCUCGCGGGAUCAGCUUUACUCAGUUCACAGAAGAAAGCGCGGGAACAGGGACACGCAGGCGCAGAGGAGCUUUGCUUUUUCGCGGGUUUUUUU